AUGUCACAGUAUGAGGUUCAACAAUAUAGCAAGACCUAUACACCAAAUGACAUAGAAGAUAGCAACUAUAUGUCACAGUAUGAGGUUCAACAAUAUAGCAAGACCUAUACACCAAAUGACAUAGAAGAUAGAAACUAUAUGUCACAGUAUGAGGUUCAACAAUAUAGCAAGACUUAUACACCAAAUGACAUAGAAGAUAGAAACUAUAUGUCACAGUAUGAGGUUCAACAAUAUAGCAAGACUUAUACACCAAAUGACAUAGAAGAUAGAAACUAUAUGUCACAGUAUGAGGUUCAACAAUAUAGCAAGACUUAUACACCAAAUGACAUAGAAGAUAGAAAAUAUAUGUCACAGUAUGAGGUUCAACAAUAUAGCAAGACUUAUACACCAAAUGACAUAGAAGAUAGAAACUAUAUGUCACAGUAUGAGGUUCAACAAUAUAGCAAGAUAUAG